UCUAAACCGCACACGUGCAUUUUGAACGGCUGGGCAUUUCCAUCAUUUCCAUUGUUUUCACUUCGGAAAGCCGGAGUUUUUUAAGUGAAAAGUGGACACAGGACGGCCGCAGGAUGGUGAAGAAGAAAAUAGACAACCGGAUACGCGUGAUGAUCGAGAACGGGGUGAAGCUGGGCCACCGCACCAUGUUCAUCGUGAUCGGGGACAAGGCGCGCGACCAGGUGCCCAUUCUCUACGACAUCCUGACCAAGUCGACGGUCAAGGCGCGACCCACGGUCCUCUGGUGCUACAAGAACAAGGACGAGGCCAUUUCCAAUCAUGGUAAGAAGCGCGCCAAGAAGAUCGCCGUGGGCAAGGUGGACGUGAACGAGGCGGACCUGUUCGAUUCCUUCCGCGUGGCCACCACCAUUCAUGGCCGUUACUACUCGGAGACGCACGCGGUGCUGGGACGCACCUACGGCGUCUGUGUGCUUCAGGACUUCGAGGCCCUGACGCCCAAUCUCCUGGCGCGAACCGUGGAAACGGUGGAGGGCGGCGGCCUGAUCAUCCUGCUGCUGAAGACGCUGCAGUCGCUGAAGCAGCUGUAUACGAUGAGCAUGGACGUGCACAAGCGGUUCCGCACGGAGGCCCACCAGACGGUGACCUGCCGGUUCAACGAGCGGUUGAUUCUCUCCCUGGCGGAUUGCAAGCGGUGUUUGGUGGUCAACGACGACCUCACCGUGCUGCCGCUCAGCUCCAAGACCAUCAACGUGGAGCCAGUGAAUCCCUCUGGCGCCGGUCGUUCGCCCAACGAGGGCAGCCUGAAGGAGCUGAAGGAGAGUCUGCUGAAUGUCCAGCCCGCUGGAGCGCUGGUAAAUCUCUGCAAGACCUACGACCAGGCCAAUGCGGUGGCCCAGUUCAUCGAGGCGCUGGUGGACAAGCAGCUGAAGCCGCCCAUGUCUUUGACAGCGGCCCGUGGUCGCGGCAAAUCGGCUGCCUUGGGCCUCUCGAUAGCCGCCGCCGUGGCCUUUGGCUAUGUGAACGUCUACGUGACCUCGCCGCAUCCCGAGAACCUCAUCACGCUGUUUGAGUUCGUGCUCAAGGGCUUCGAUGCGUUGGAGUACCAGGAGCAUGCCGACUACACCAUCAUACGCUCCACGAAUGCCGACUACAAGAAGGCUAUUAUCAGGAUCAAUAUAACAAGGAGCAGCAGGCAGACGAUUCAGUAUAUAGCACCAAGCGAUACGCAUCUGCUGAAUGCCGCCGAUCUGCUGCUGAUCGACGAGGCGGCUGCGAUUCCCCUGCCGCUGGUGAAGAAGAUGAUCGGUCCGUAUUUGGUUUUUAUGGCCAGUACGAUCAAUGGCUACGAGGGCACUGGGCGUUCGCUCAGUUUAAAGCUCAUCUCGCAGCUGCAGAAGGAUAAUAAUGCGAGGCCGCCUCUGAAAUUAGAGGAAUCGAUUCGCUACCAGGAGAAUGAUGACAUAGAGAGGUGGCUGAUUAACCUGCUCUGCUUGGAUGCCAGCACAGUGCCGAGCAUUAGUUCAGGUUGCCCCACGCCGGAUGCCUGUGAGCUGUACUAUGUGGACCGGGAUGCCCUCUUCUCGUAUCACAAGGCAGCCGAGGCCUUUCUCCAUCGUUUGGUUUCCAUCUACGUCUCCUCUCACUACAAAAACACCCCGAACGAUCUGCAGAUGAUGAGCGAUGCCCCGGCCCAUCAUCUCUUCUGCCUUUUGGGACCCGUUCAGCGAAUGGACGCCCUUCCGGAGAUUCUCGUCGUCAUCCAGGUGGCUCUGGAGGGUCAGAUCUCCGCCCAGAGCAUCAGUGAUUCGCUGGGCAGAGGGAAGAAGGCUGCGGGCGAUCUGAUACCCUGGAACAUUGCCGAGCAGUACGGCGAUCGGGAUUUUCCCAAGCUGUGCGGAGUGCGAAUCGUUCGGGUAGCCACGCAUCCGAAUUACCAGCGGAUGGGCUACGGCAAGCGGGCGAUUCAGCUUCUCAAGGAUUAUUAUGCAGGAAAGAACACCAAUCUGGAGGAUAAUCCUGCAAUCAGCAGGGAUGCUGGAAUAGAGGAAGUGGAGGAGGAGGAGCUCAGCCUGUUGAAGGAGCAAAUAAGGCCGCGCAGUCGGAUACCCACUUUGCUGCAGCGACUGCAUGAGCGAUUGCCCGAAUCGGUGGACUAUAUCGGCACCUCCUAUGGCCUUACUUCCGAUCUCCUCAAGUUCUGGAAGAGCUCAGGCUUUGUGCCGGUGUACCUGAGUCAGAAAUCCAACGAACUGACCGCCGAGCACAGCUGCAUUAUGCUGCAUACUCCUGCUAAGACCUCCUGGCUGGGUCUUUAUUACCAGGAUUUCCGGCGAAGAGUCCUCAAGCUGAUGGGCAAAACCUUCAGGGAGUUCGAAACGAAGCUCUGUUUGGCCUUGCUGAAGAAUAAGUCGGUGGAUAUGGAAAGCAGUGCCCUUGCAAACCUCGAUAAACCCAUGCUGGAUGUCUUCUUCCUGCCGCAUGAUCUUCAGCGCUUGGAGAGCUACGCCCGCCAGCAGUCCGAGUUCCGCUUGAUAGUCGAUCUGCUCACGGACAUUGCCCAGCUGUACUUCCAGGGCAGGAUCGAGGGUCUCCAGCUGGAUCUGGUGCAGCAGGGCAUCCUCUUAGCUUUGGGAAUUCAAGGCAAGACAGUAGAUACCCUCGGCCUCGAGCUCAAUAUGCCGGGCAACCAGCUGCUGGCCAAGUUCUUCGAUGCCAUGAAGCGCUGCAAUCAGUGCUUCCGCUCGAUUCUCGAGCAGCACAUCGAGGGCGGAAUGCUGCGGGAGGAGGAUCUGUCCAAGGGCGAGGAGCUGCAGCCGCUCAGCCUGUCGCUCGACAAGGAGCUCGAUCAGACGGCCCAGAAGCUGAGCAAACAGCAGCGCAAGGAGCUCAAGCGACUGAAGGCCGAGCAGCUGGACGAGUUCCAGAUUAAGGGCACCGAGGAGGACUGGUCAAAGGCGCUGGAAACAAAUGGAACACCGGGCGGUGGCAGCGGGCUGCUCUCCGUCAAGAGUGGCGUCAAGCGGCUGGACGGACCACUCGAGCAGCCCGAGGAUCGGGAACUCAGCGCUCCGCUGGCCAAGAAGAAAAAGAAGGGCAAUCCGAGACAGAAACGCGGUCAGGGCAAGUCCCUGAUUUAAAUCUAGAACUAGUUCUUCAAGUAUGAAUUUUAAUGCUAUAGAAAAAAGUACAUAUUUGUAAGCUCCGUUAAAAGUAAAGAAAAGGAAACCUAAA